ACACUUUACACAGCUCUUUCUUGUAGCUUUUAUGUAAUAAUAUUAAGCCAUUUUUCAUUGUUUUGUGGCCUGCAGAACUAAAGUAUAAAAAUCUGACAAGUUUUCAAAUGAAUCCCCUCCCACAGUUUGUUCAAUUACAUCAUGGAUGAACUAUCUGGCAGAGCAUGUCAGUGCUAAAACUGGGUGGAUGCUUACAAAGUUGUGUGGAGGACAUGCACAGCUGCAUCAUGCACCAGUUACCACUGGCUGUUUGCCUGCUGUCUCUGUUCUCUGUGACUAUUGACUCAUCCAAGAAGGGACGCAACUUCACCAUCCAUUCAUCUCAGCUUAGCUGCAGUUUGCCAGGCCCUCGGGGUCCUCCAGGGAGUCCAGGUACAGCAGGUCCCAGCGGUAGCGUAGGCAAGAUGGGGAUGCCGGGGGUUGAUGGCCAGGAUGGCAAGGAUGGUGACAGGGGAGGGAAGGGAGAGACAGGUGAACAGGGUCGCCCUGGGAACCCUGGAAAACAUGGACAACAAGGACGCCCAGGACUUGUUGGGAAGGCAGGGCCAAGGGGCCUAAAAGGGGUGCGUGGGGCACCUGGUGUGUCUGGAGUCACUGGGAUCAGAGGAGAGGUGGGAAGUAAGGGGGAAACUGGUGCCCCCGGGGGCUGUGACUGUGGAACAGAGGCACGAUCUGCUUUCUCUGUAGCGGUAACCAAGAGCUAUCCCAAGGAACGCACGCCCAUUCGCUUUAACCGAAUUUUAAUGAACGAGGGUGGUCAUUACAAUGCCACCAGUGGCAAGUUUAACUGUGUAAUUCCUGGUGUGUAUUACUUCACAUAUGACAUCACGUUGGCUAACAAACACCUGGCAAUUGGGCUUGUUCACAAUGGCCAGUACAAGAUCAGAACAUUUGACGCUAACACAGGAAAUUAUGAUGUGGCCUCAGGAUCAACAAUACUCAGACUGCAAAAAGGAGAUCAGGUCUGGCUUCAGAUCUUCUAUUCAGAACAAAAUGGACUGUUUUUUGAUCCAUUCUGGGCUGACAGUCUUUUCACAGGAUUUCUUAUUUUUGCUGAUCAGGUGACUCCAAAAGAGGCAAAUAUAGGAUCAUCCUGA